ACACCAUAUGGGAUGUACAGAAUGUUACACACACACACCUAUAUAUGAUAGAGAGAGAGACAGACAUCCCAUAUGGUUUACAGGACUGUGUUGCUAGUGGUUUAGAUUCAAGGACAUUCCUUGAAUGUGAAGGCAGCUAUGACGCCACUGCACAUCAUUAAGUUAUCAAUGGCACUCAGGAUGACCUCCUCCUCUACUAUGAUUUAUGUUCUCCUGCUGCCCAGCCAUGAAAGAGCUAUUACACCAAUAACCUACUAGCCAUGAUGCACUGGCUGAAAGAAAAUGACUUUUAUUCUUGAGAAAUGAAUUAAAAACAUGUCAAGUAUUUUUGGGGGCAAAUGAUGAUUGUAUUGUAUGAUGGUAUUACCCAGAUAUGAACAUUUGGGGAGUGAACGGUUUACAAAGGGUAUAUUGACUGUUAUAGCAUACUACACAUCUUCAACCCUCCCCCCAUCCUCCUCCUUUUGCACUCCAAUAGUCUCUCUCUCUCCCCUUUUUUCUUCAUUUUCUCUUUGGACCUGCAGGCUGUCGGUGGCUAGGGCACAAGAUGGAUAAAUAAAUAAGUGCAUAAAGGAAGCAUUGAGAAGGGGUCCGCCCAAAUGGUUCUGAGUCUUGUGGUAGCUGGCUGCACUGCAGAAAAUAGCAGCAAAAGGAGACAGAGUGCAGAAGUGAAGAUGAGGAUAGGAGGAGGAAAGGACACGAGUGUGCUUUGCAGAGAGAGACAGAAAACCAGGACAGUGUGUUAACAGAAGGGGGUGCUAAGAUUUGGGUUACACUGCGUUGCAGAGAUGCAGAAAGGACAGCAGCUACCACUGCAGCACAGUGUUGACUAAAUAAGAGAGAGGGAAAGAGAUAAAGCACCCUCACCAUGCAGGGCGCUCUUUCCGCAUGCAUGCUGGAGCCAGGACCAGGUGAGCCACAACCAGGCUCUACCACUCUCAACCUACCCGUCUACCAACACUGCCUUCUAAACUGAGAGGCCUUCAUGCCUCAGGAGUGUGCAAGACGACAGGAGUUAAGGAGGAGGGAGAGAAAGGGAGAGGGAGGAGGAACCAGAGAAGGAGGAGACCGGGGUGCUGGAUUUUUGCAUGAAGGAGAUCCUGAAUUAAGAGCUGGUGAAAUAAAGAUGUAGUGUGAGCAGGAGGCAGAACAAGGAGCGUGCUGUGCUGCAGUGGAGAGGAGUGUGGUAGACGCCGGGUGAACACACCCCCACUCGCAUAUCCAGCAAGACUCUCUCUGGACAGAGAGAACCCACCGUUACCGCCGCAGGGCUUGGAAGAUGCCCUCUCGCUGUGGAACAGCGGUGCGGAUCUUCAUCACCACUCUAUUUGCAGCUGUGGUGCUCUUUGCCAUCCUGCUGGCCUAUGUGACUGGCUACCAGUUCAUCCACACUGAGCAGCACCACCUUUCCUUUGGCCUGUAUGGUGCCAUCCUGUCACUACAUCUGCUGCUGCAGAGCCUCUUUGCUUACCUGGAACACCGGCGCAUGCGAGCACCUUCACGGCCACAGCACCUGCACUGCACUGUUGCUCUUUGUAUUGCUGCUUACCAGGAGGACCCGGACUACCUACGCAAAUGCCUGCGCAGUGUGCGCCGCAUCUCCUUCCCCACUCUAAAAGUGGUGCUUGUUGUAGAUGGUAACCGACCCGAGGAUGCCUACAUGAUGGACAUCUUCCAGGAGGUAAUGGGGGGAACAGAGCAGGCUGGAUGCAUGGUGUGGAAGGGGAAUUACCAUAGCAAUGGGGCCAAAGGCGCAGGUACAGGCUCAGUGAAUAUGGAGGAGGCUAUUCGGGUGGCCAGGAUAGUGCACAGCUGCCGCUACUCCUGCAUCAUGCAGGAGUGGGGCGGGAAGAGAGAAGUGAUGUAUACGGCUUUCAAAGCACUGGGGAACUCUGUGGAUUAUGUGCAGGUAUGUGAUUCGGACACAGUUCUGGAUCCAGCCUGCACAAUUGAGCUGUUGAAGGUUCUGGAGGAGGACCCAAAGGUGGGCGGAGUAGGAGGAGAUGUACAGAUACUGAACAAAUAUGACUCCUGGAUAUCUUUUCUAAGCAGUGUCAGGUACUGGAUGGCCUUCAACGUGGAGCGUGCCUGCCAAUCAUACUUUGGCUGUGUUCAGUGUAUCAGUGGGCCUCUGGGCAUGUAUCGCAACUCCCUCCUCCAGCAGUUCUUGGAGCCCUGGUACCACCAGACUUUCCUGGGCAGCAAGUGUAGCUUUGGUGAUGACCGGCACCUUACCAACCGAGUCCUCAGCUUCGGCUACAAGACUAAGUUUACUGCACGCUCACAAUGCCAGACUGAGACACCUACUCACUACAUCCGCUGGCUCAACCAGCAGACCCGCUGGAGCAAGUCGUACUUCCGGGAAUGGCUCUACAAUGCUCUCUGGUUCCACAAACACAGCCUCUGGAUGACCUAUGAGUCUGUGGUCACUGGAUUCUUUCCCUUUUUCCUGGUGGCUACAGUAAUCCAUUUGUUCUACCGUGGACGGCUUUGGAAUAUUCUGCUGUUCCUGCUAACAGUUCAGCUGGUGGGAAUGGUGAAGGCCACCUAUGCCUGCUUCCUAAGAGGCAGCCUUGUCAUGAUCUUUAUGUCCCUCUAUUCCCUGCUGUACAUGUCUAGCCUCUUGCCAGCUAAGAUCUUUGCCCUGUUGACAAUCAAUAAAGCAGGCUGGGGCACAUCUGGGAGGAAGAAGAUUGUGGUGAACUUAAUUGGGGCUGUACCUGUAACUGUUUGGGCACUUCUUUUGCUUGGUGGAGUAGCUUACACAAUUUACUGUGAGACGCAGGAAUCUUUUAGUGAAACUGAGAAGGUCCUGCUCAUUAGCGGGGUCAUCCUCUAUGCCUGCUACUGGCUUAUACUUCUGGUGCUCUAUUUGGCUAUAGUGGCCAAGCGCUGUAACAAGAGGGAGGAGCAGUAUCACCUGCCCUAUUCUGAAGCCUAGAAUGCCUUAACAAUGUUGCUGGGUAAACUAUAUGGGACUGGUUUGAAUCAGUCUUCUACCUCUUUGGUGCUAAGCUCAUUGUCAUAUUGGCAAAUUAUACAUACUCACAUCAUUUGCAAGACCAUGGAGCUUUUCCCCACCAGUUGAGAUAUACCGCUGACCUUUGAAAAGGAUACAAUUGAGCCAUGAAGUAUUUUUGCUUCUUAAAUAUAGAGCAUAGAUCAGAGGAAAUUUUCCAUCAUGGUGCUGAGCUCACACCAUCAUAUGUGAAUAGUGGUUUGGGUGCUUGGACUCAAAUAUGAAUCACACUGUGGUGAAAUGUGUACUGUUCCUGUGAAGAACCCCAUAUUAGUCAGUGCAAUUCACUUACAGUGAAAAUGAUCUGUCGUAAUUUUCAUGAAAUUUCACAUCAUUUGCCUUAGCCUGAACAGUGAUUUGAACAAAUGCAGUACUAAUCAAUAUUCUUUUGGGAUUUUUACUAUACCAAAAUUCAUUGAAUUUAAUUUUAUUUCAUUUGCUUCAGGAUUCUUCAGGAAACAUUAUUUUAUGCCGUAUUGGGAACAACCAAAGAGUCUUUUAAGGUUUAUUUGCUUUUAAUUAAUCAUACACCACAAACAUUUUCAUACUUGCUGGUACUCUAGAUCCAGUUACACAUUGCGACUAAACACACCAACCACAUUCUCCUUAAGAAGAACUGCAUCAAGCUUGACUGUGCAUCCUGAAACUUGAAUGUGCAAAAAAUUAAAAGAUAUUGUUUGUUUACAAGUUAAUAAUAAUGUGACAUUUUAUUAGCUAGAAUUCCUUUUAUAGAUUACUCUAUUUCUUUUCUUUAUAUAGAUACAAGAUUAGUAAAGUACUUGUUAAUGCAUAUCGACUUCAUAUUAACUAUGUAAUUUUUCAUACCAGCAAAAGGCUGAACAUUACAGACACCCUAAAAUAAUGAUGUUUACAUGCAAUUCAGUUAAUU